AUGUUGGGCGUCUCCAAGCUGUCGAUAUCACCGAUCCAGAGCCAGCAGGAAUUGUCCCGCACGUUGCAAACAAAACAAAGUCAAGGGUCGCAGCAACAGAGGAUUCCCAGCAACUUCCUGCCGACUCCGGCCACCAUGCAGACCACCGUGAGAUCCUUCUACCCGACGCCGCGGCCUUCACCAAAACCUUCGCAGUCGCAAUCGAUUACUCAGCAGAUCACCCAACAUAUCCACGUAUCGCCGAGUCUGACGAUACCGCAACUGAAACCACACGAAAUCACUCUUAACUUGCCGUCGCCAGACAUACAAAGGAUCGUGCAGAAUCCAUCGCCUCUGCUGUCCUCGCAGUCGAGGGUGAUCGUCACUGCAAAGGCUAGCGUGAGCGACGAGUCCGGCAGGCCACUGAACACUACGCAGCUGGUGACGCUACCGUUGCCGACGAUACCAGUCAGCUAUGACGACUACAAGGAAGGCGAUGAGUCUUUCGAUCCUUUCUACCGUGAUGUGCCGAAAAUUCGCAAAAAUCGCCGAAUUCUAAAAAACAAAAACGUCAACGUGAAAUCUGCAAAGAAAAAGAGAAAGAGACGAUCACUUGAUCAAGCAUAUCAUUUCGUUUACGAUGUAAACAGCCGUCGAGGAAACGAUCCGAAGGAGAGCGAGUCUCGUAGGAAUGCAGACAACGUGGCGAAUGGGAAAAAGAUGGGUGCCGAAGACAACAACAGAAAUCUCUGGGACAUUAAGGAGAGCCUUAUGAAAUUUCGCGACAUUCUGUUCAGAGACGAAGUGUACAACGUAGAUUCUGUUUACAGUGGUGUUGCGGAGGGAAUUGAAAAUAAGACCGAUCGCGUCAGUGAAGAGGACGGCAAUACUUUCGGCGUGAAGUCCGAAAAGCAGACGGAGGACGCGAUGAAAAGGUUGGACUCUUUGAAGGACCUGAAAACGGAAGCUGCGAAACAUUUAGAUUUAACUGAAGAAGAAGAUACUAGUAAGGAGGAGGAGUUUAAUGACGAGGCGAGUAACAAAGAUUCGAACGACAAAACUAAUAUCGAGAAAAUGGUUAUUGAAAAGAAACGUGUCGAAAGUGCUUUGAAAUCAGAAACUAAACUCGACUUUAAAAUUAAUGGUCAGCUUCCACCAACAGCCGCUCGUUCCGACGAAGACGGGUUUCAUGAAAGCGUCAUUGAUGUCAUAAUAUUUGACAACGACGAUGACAAAAUGAAAGCCUCGUUCUCAAGCUCCGACGACGCAGAAAUCUCUAAGGCUGAUGUGCCAAUUGAGAUUAUCAUUGAAAAAGAGACGAAAUCCCACUCGCAGAAUUCGUCUAAGGCCAUGUACGACGAACAUAUCACACGACAUGUGACGAAGAAAGUUGAUUCAGUUCAAGAGUCGCGUUCUCCGACGAGCGACGCAACAAGCCAGUCGGAAGAUCCCAUGGGAAAACCCAGCUUUGGGAGAAAGGGCUCUCGACCGAGGUCUUCGAAGAGACGUUUAUCUUCCAGAGUGAAACAGCAAAUGACAGAUCGCGUCGAAACAACGGAGGCAGUCCGUCAACAGAAAGAAGUAUUUCAAUCGACGACGCCAACGACGAAUAGUACAACAAUAACCACUACUGCUACCAAUAGCACAACCAGUACCACCAGCACGACUACUACCACGCCUCCACCCACCGUGCCUUUCGAGACGCAAGUUGUCGUGCAAACCGACAGUCACAUUUACGAGGAAUUAGAAUUGCAAACUUCUAAAGAAGUGGACACACGAGCAAUUGGCCAACACGACAUUAUGUACAGUAUUGACAUUAUCAAGAGUAUUCAAGAUGACAAGAGCCACAACGUGAGCAAAAUCGAGGAGUUAAAGCGAUCGUUCGAUUAUCAAAUUGCGAAGGACUAUGUUGAACAUUCAAAGCAGCAGGACAACGAAUCCGAAGAAGAACUGUCCGAAACAGAAUCGCCGGAUUAUACGCAAAACGCCAGAUUGAAAGAUAUCAACUUCACCGAGAACUCACGAAACAUAGAAGAGACGCAAAGUACUCAGGGGGAAUCGAUGGAGGUCGCGAAUGCCUCCGGAGAGAAAGAAUCGUCCGUCGAGGAAUCUUCCUCUAGGGUUCACGAAUCGACUACGAACGACGAGUUCGACGCGAAUACAAAUGACGAGAUGUCCGAGGAGGACUUGGAAGAAAUGUACAAUAAAAUAUCCUUUCCUCAGGAAAUCACGGUUAACACCAAGAAUAAGACAUAUCAAGAGGACUCGUCUUGCCAAGAGGAUGAAAGUGAGAAGUCUUCGAAGGACGACCUAGACGAACAGAAUGACUUCACGACUGCGAAAGACCGAGAGGAAGCGUCGACUUCCGAGGAGGAGUUAAACCAUUAUCAGGACACAACGGGAUCAUCUAAAGAAAACGCGCGUACUGACGCCAGCAUCCAAGAGGAUUAUAAGGAGCCAGAGAGCAUUGAGUACUCCACUGUGCCAGCGGAUUACACGAGUUCUGAUGAGUACGUUGAUCUCCGAGAAGACGUGGAAAACUCGACUGAGCGAGAAAAAGAGACUGAAAGCAGCACUGAGGGCGUUCUAAAAUUCACGGACGAGCUACCCGGGUUGGAUCACACCGAGGACACGAAAGCCAAAGAGUCGGUGGCCUCGAGACCCUACGACAUCAACGAAUACGAAUAUGUGGAUGAUAAUUACGAACGAGAAGAUUAUAAGCAUUUCAUAUUUGACAUUAAGUUGGAUGAUGACAAAGAGAAGAGCAAUAUAGAGAAGAAGAAUCAAGAGAAGGAAGAUGCGUCCGCAACGAGUUUUGAGAGAAGCACCGAAGUGGAUGACAAUGUCGAAGCGGAAACUCAUGCAGAACACAUAGAGGCGGUCACGGAACUCGUGAGUAUCAAGGAAAUUGUAGACUCGACCACGACUUCGUCAACCAUUACAGCAGCGUCUACUGUAACAACGGCGUCUACAACCACACCUACGACAGUAUCCACGACGGCAUCUACAAUUGCAUCCACAACGACAUCUACAACAUCAUCUACGACUUUUAUGAUAGAAUCAACGUCUAUGACAACGUCCCAGACAACGGCGACUACCACUACAAGCACGACUACACCUCGAUCGACGACCAAUAUUUCUCGUGCUAUGCCGCCGAAGCUCUUCAAGCCCAAUUCCGCCAGGAGAACUUACGCCUACAUCCCACCCACGACAACCCCAAUUCCAGUUGUGAUCAAACCAAGGUUGGGCUUGUACAAUCCAAAACCGGCAAAGCCGCCCAAAUCUUACAAUGAACUGGCGCCGAAGCCGGUCAUCAGAAAACUACCUCUUUUAUCACGUAAACCUGUUACCACCACCAGUACUACCAGCACCUUAGCUACUACGAUUACCGACAAGUCAUAUCCGGACGAUCAAGAUACCACUACAGAACCUUUGACCACGAUGUCAGUGACGACAGCGGCAACGAAGGCAGCGAUGACGUUAAUGGCGACCUCGACGACGAAAACGACAACGACGACCACGAUGACGGCUAUAUUAACGGAGUCUAAUAGGAGUGAGGAGAACGUGCUAAAGAGCAAAGUAGAGGCGAAAGAGCCUUUAUUUUUUAAUUUGUCUGCGAAGGACAACGUAAACAAGGAGGACCAACUUCCAAGCCCAUCCGAACAAGAUUCUCCUGUCAAUUCUUCUAGAAACCCGGACUUCCACGUUUCUACUGAGGAAAUCCAGACUAUCACUCCGUAUCCUUUGACCAGAAUAUCUACUUUCGCGACCUUUACCGAGCAGACAGCGAAGGAAGCAGAGAGCAAACUAUAUGAGACUACGGAAAGUAUCGAUGUUCUUACGACGGCUGCUGCGCCGACGACGUUGCCUCUUGAAAUGUCCGCGUACAUCAAAACAAACAGCGAAAUAAAUCCGAAAGAAGCCGAGUCCACUACGACAGCUUCCACCAAAGUUCAUCCACAGGAAGUUAUCAGCGAGAUUCUGCCGGUCCUCAGUGAACGUCCGAUCUCGGUUUUAUCCUUGACGACUGUCCCAUCCAACGCUGAAAAUGACUAUUUCCACGUGCCGGCGGAAUCGACUGAAUCGACUGUCUUCCGACCGAGCAGCCGGAACACCAUGAAUACUCCUCGAAAACACCUGAGUUUCAAUUGCCUGGAAAAAGAGAUGUACCGCUUCUAUGGCGAUACUAGAGACUGUCGUCUGUUCCAUUACUGUUCGCCUGGCUUCACGAAGCGACAAGUAUUGGAUUUCCGGUUUGUGUGCGAGAAAGGCACGGAGUUCGACGAGGAGACGCAGAGCUGCCGACACGACGUGCAAAACCGGAAAUGCCGGAACCGAUCCUGAUAAAAGAGAGAGAGAGAGAGAGAGAGAGAGAGAGAGAGAGAGAAGGCAGGCGACGCGACGAAGCGAUUCCUCCGACCAUUGAUUUUGAUAAUUCGUGAAUCCUCUAGGAGACUCUCCUUAGUAUAUUUAUAUAAUUCCUAACGUAAAAUAUAAGAGUAGCCCCCCUGUCCGCGGAAGAGAGUACCGCCUCUCGUAAGUAUUGCCAUAGCGCCUCGCCGAGCGCUGGAUUCACACUUAUUAAAAUUAAUGCGCUCCGCAUCUGCUCGGUUUCUGAUCGGCCGUCUCGUCGUCGUUUGGACCCGGAGAGCAGUGAAGAUACGCACCGCCAAGAAUGCAGCAAACGCAGCCGAGGGCGCAGUCUCGAGCGCGUGGCUAACAAAUCACCCCAUCCGCUUUUCGACAGGAGAAAACGGAUCGUGCUUAGUGUGUUAGAGAACGAAGAAUCGGUUCUUAUGAUGUUUUCGGACGCAUGUCCACGUGAAGGAAAAGUUAGAAGAUAAGGAGGAAGAAAGCGAAGGUCGCGUGUCAAAAGAGCGGGAAUCGAAUUCUUUCCACUGGUUUAUCGUUCUAUGAAUUUCUUAGAGUGAAAUCUGUCUCAAAACGAGUAAAAGGUGGCAAUAUUUUAUCUGGAAGCAAUAGUGAAAAUUCCGGUACUCGAAAUCGCAAGAGUAAAUGUUUAACUGCGCUAUUUGAGAAUUUUGCCAGUAAAAUAUUGACAUAUUUCUGGAAAACUCAC